AUGCUGGUUAUUUUUCUCAUCGUUUACCUCUUGGCAUCCGAGUAUUUUGUUGGGCAAGCCACGGUGAAACGAGCCCCCGCACGGCCAUCAGGAGAACCCAAAAAGGAUUCAGUCCCGGAAGAAGUGAAAUCGAGUCACACAUCAAAAGUCUCUUCAGAGUCUACAGGGCCAAUUGCACUGGUUCCCGCCCAGUCCCAAGUCUUCCAAUGGGCCAACCUAAGUUACGAAAUCAAGACAAAGAAACAACAUCGCGUGAUUUUGAGUAACAUCGACCGCUGGGUUACGGCGGGUACUCUCACAGCGCUGAUGGGCGUCACAGGUGCUGGAAAAACUUCUCUGCUAAAUGCCUUGGCUGGCUGGACCAUGACCGGCACAGUCAGCGGGGACAUACUCAUCAAUGGACUCAAACGCAACCACUCGUUCCAGCGAAAGUUAGGCUAUGUCCAACAAGAUGAUAAUCAUCUUCCUACAUCCACGGUUCGGGAAGCCUUGCAAUUCAGCGCAUUCCUCAGACAGCCACAGGAUGUGCCCCAGGAGGAGAAGGUCAACUACGUUGAUGAGGCUGGAGGAAACCUCAACGUGGAGCAACGCAAACGCCUGACAAUCGCCGUCGAGAUGGCUGCCAAGCCAGAAGUUCUCCUAUUCCUCGGGAAUGAGGCCUCUACUGUGAUCCGGUACUUUGAGCCCAAUGGAGCCUCGGCUUGCCCAGCUGGCGUCAAUCCUGCUGAGUGGAUGCUGGACGUCACAGGUGUCAGACCGAAGACAGAAGAUCCAGACGGUGAUGAUUCUUCUCCGGCGGAAUGCUGGUCAGAAAAAUGGAUCUCUAGUGAGGAGAGACAAGAAGUCGUCUUCAUCGCAUCCAACGUCCUCAUGGAGCUGCUGCUCUGGCAAACCAUAAUCGCCGUACCCAUCUUUGUCGUUUGGUACUACUCCCUAAAGCUCUACCAGUACAGUAAUGGCCGUCUCAGAACCACGGAACGCGUUAUUUGCCGCCUCAAUCGAGUUCUCAGAGGUGGCGAUGCAAUCGCCACCUUGAUAUACUGGCUAGCCACUUUGUUUUACGGCAUCCUCACACCCCCUAGCCAGCUCGCCAGAUUCUGGAUAUUCAUGUAUCGAGUCUCGCCCCUCACGUACCUGCUUGAGGGGCUCGCAGUGGCCGGCCUAGCCGACAUAGAUCUGACCUGCUCCUCGACCGAGGUGCAGAGCAUACCCGUGGCAAACAACUCUCUCGGACUCACAUGCGGCGAGUACCUGUCCGCGUUUGUCCGGGACUCCGGGGAGCGAGUGCUGAACCCUUCUGAUCCGGCUGAGUGUCACUACUGCCCCGUGGCGAGCGUCAACACCAUACUGGAGAGCUAUGUCGUUGCGAACAUGCUGACAACGUUUGAAGAUGGAGCUUGA